CCCAGAGCCUCAGUUUCGGUGAUAGUGCAAGGUGUGGAUUCUGGAGGGAUCAUCCAUGUAGGUACCAGAGGAAGUGCCUGGAAACCUCACAGACCCCUCCCUUACCCAAAGCUGCUCCAGACCCCUCGGACCGAAUAAAGGAUCCCACCGAUGCCGCAAUACCAGGCAUUAGGAUGAGCAGCUAAGGAGGGUCUCCAGGGAGCUUGCCCUGCCCGGUGGGUGCCCUCCCGCGUGGGGAGAGCUCUGCAUUGCCUUCCCAAUGAGACGCCUGUGCCCCCCUCUCCCCUUUAGGAUGUGGACUGCGCCUACCUCCGCAAGUCAGACCUGGAGGCCAACGCGGAGGCCCUGACUGAGGAGAUCGACUUCCUGCGGCGCCUGUAUGAGGAGGAGAUCCGUGUUCUCCACGCCCACAUCUCAGACACCUCGGUCAUCGUCAAGAUGGACAACAGCCGGGACCUGAACAUGGACUGCAUUGUGGCCGAGAUCAAGGCUCAAUACGACGACAUCGCCAGCCGCAGCCGGGCUGAGGCUGAGUCUUGGUACCGCAGCAAGUGUGAGGAGAUGAAGGCCACGGUGAUCCGGCACGGGGAGACCCUGCGCCGCACCAAGGAGGAGAUCAACGAGCUCAACCGCACGAUCCAGAGGCUGACCGCUGAGGUUGAGAAUGCCAAGUGCCAGAACACCAAGCUGGAGGCCGCAGUGACCCAGUCGGAACAGCAGGGCGAGGCGGCUCUGAGCGAUGCCCGCUGCAAGCUGGCCGAGCUGGAGGCCGCCCUGCAGAAGGCCAAGCAGGACAUGGCCUGCCUGGUCAAGGAGUACCAGGAGGUGAUGAACUCCAAGCUGGGCCUGGACAUCGAGAUCGCCACCUACAGGCGGCUGCUGGAGGGCGAGGAACAGAGGUUGUGUGAGGGCAUUGGUGCUGUAAAUGUGUGUGUCAGCAGCUCCCGGGGCGGGGUCGUCUGCGGGGACCUCUGCGUGUCGGGCUCCCGGCCGGUAACCGGCAGCGUGUGCAGCGUCCCCUGCAGCGGGAACGUGGCGGUGAGCACGGGAAUGUGCGCGCCCUGCGGCCAGAGGUGCAGUGGCAGCUCCUCGGUGCGGUUCGCGUAGCACCUCCCGCUUUGUCUACACGCCCUCUCCGAGUCAACAGUCCCUGCCUCCAGCAGCCGGGCCGGAGCAACCAAAAUCCCUGCGCUUGAAGCGGAAGGGCUUCGAGAACCAGCCGUCCUGACCUGCCGGAACUGCAGCCUUAUCUUCCUGCAUCUCCCCCUCCUUCGCUCUUCGUGGAUUCUUCCGGGGAAGGCCGGUCUCCCCGCCCAGCUGGCAGCCGCUGUCGUCCUUACCCCGGCCCCAGAAGUCUAAAUGUCUGGGUUCCUCCCAGCCCUGGGCAAGAUCCCAUCCUGACUCGGGCUGCUCUGGGAGCCUGGCCUGGCGGGAGCCUGGCCUGGCAGAAACCUGUGGCUUCUAAGGGACAGACUGGUCCGGGUCCCCUCUGCUGUGUACUUCCGUGGGUGCUGUGUCCCCGCUGCUAUCCCGCCGGGCCUCCCCUGCCUUCCUCACAAUGACUGAGGCUGCAGCUGCACAGGGACGUCUUUUGGCGGCUGCCUCGGCUCCCUCUCCCUCGUGCUUAGUGCUUAGUCUCGACGUUUCCAAUAAAGCUCAUGGAUCAUAUAUAAUGUGCUCCGAAAAUCUCCCAUUUGUGUCCACACGCGUGGACUUCCAGCCCAGUUUUUGCCCCUGGGAGGCUGACAGAGAAGGUGUUUGUAGCCACGAGGGAAAGAGGGCUGUCUCCGAGGCACCGGCCCCUAGUGCCACAUUCAUACAUCCUGAAGGCUGCAGGGGGGGGGCGGGCAGCCCCAAAUACCCAGCUACCCAGCAUGAGGUGGAGCUGGAAAGGAAGGGAGAAGGGCAACAGAGAGGGGAUUUAGCCAGUAGGGGAAGGGCCUGGCUCUCCUGACACCUUUGGAGGGGAGCCUUAUCACGCGUGACUGCUGGGACACUAGUGGUCCGCUUCCUCCACUCCCCCAUUCUACCUCCACCUCGACAUAUGAAAAUUCCUGGCCAUAGGAUCACACAGAGACUUCCCC